AUGACCACCACCAGCAGUCCGGCCAGUGCGCCACUGGACCCUCGUCCGGUCUUCUUUUUUGACAUUGACAAUUGCCUCUACUCCAAAGGGUGCAACAUCCACGAUGAAAUGCAGAAAUUGAUCAACCAAUUCUUCAUCAAGCACCUGUCCCUAAAUGCCGAUGACGCACACAUGCUCCACAUGAAGUACUACAAGGAAUACGGUCUCGCCAUUGAAGGUCUUACGCGCCAUCACAAGAUCGACCCCUUGGAAUUCAACCGCGAAGUGGACGAUGCGCUGCCGCUCGAUGAUAUCCUCAAACCGGACCCCAAGCUGCGCCGGCUGCUCGAAGACAUUGACCGCAGCAAAGUGCGAAUGUGGCUUCUCACAAACGCCUAUGUAACCCAUGCGAAACGAGUGGUGAAGCUGCUGCAGGUGGACGAUCUGUUUGAGGGAAUUACAUACUGUGACUAUGGCAAUUCGCCGCUGGUGUGCAAACCCAGCCAGGCCAUGUAUGAGAGGGCGGAAAAGGAGGCGGGGGCUUCCAGCACGUCAGAGUGCUACUUUGUUGGUAAGUCGCCCUCCCAAUUCCUUUCUCACAGUACAUACCCAGAUCAAGUGCUGACCGAUAGAUCAAGACGACUCCGGCCUGAACUGUACUCAUGCUGCCGCCCGGGGUUGGGCUGUGGCUCAUCUUGUCGAGCCUGGAAUACCCCUCCCCCACGUGCCGGCCUCGCAAUAUAUGAUACGAAGCCUGGAGGAACUCAGGACCUGUUUCCCCACCUUAUUCAAGACGAAGCAGGAAGUAUAGAUUCAAUCACAUUAUGCGAUAGAUAG